AUGUAUACCAGACUUACUAGGUCCAGACUUCUGUCAGCUCUAUCACAUAUAAAUCAUGAGAAAGAUCAGACGAUUAAAUUUUUAGCAACGCUGUCAACGUGUACGGUGUUUUGUGUUACUGUUAUUUGGUUACGAGACGUAAAUUGUCCCCUAUACGAUUUGACAUUGCCACUGCUAAUUAAAUUUGUGGAUCCUGAAAAAUGUCAUAAACUUAGCAUUUACAUGGCUAAGAGGAAGCUGUUCCCAAUAGACACAUGGCCAAAUCCACCAAGCUUGGGCACUUCUAUUGGUCCAUUGCGGCUCAGCAAUCCUUUAGGGAUAGCAGCCGGAUUUGACAAGGAUGCGGAGGCUCCCCUGGAAAUCUUAAAACUUGGUUAUGGAUUCAUCGAAGUGGGUACAGUCGUGCUAAACCCACAACCAGGAAAUAUAAAACCAAGACUAUGGAGAAUACCCAGCCACCUAAGCCUUGUAAAUAGCUACGGCUUUAACAGCAAGGGGAUUGAUGUGAUGGUUAAAAAUCUAAAAUCGGCUCGUGCUAGACAGUCGAAUGACAAUUUGGUGAAAAGCAGCUUAAUUGGCGUAAGCAUAGGCCGAAAUAAAGAAUCUACAACAUUUGUUAAGGAUUUAUCCAUAUGCGUAUCAAAAGUGGCUGCAUAUGCUGACUAUAUCGCAAUAAAUGUUAGUUCUCCAAACACUAAAAAUUUGCGCGAUUCACAAUCAAACCAAGCACUAAGGGAGUUAAUAACUACGGCUCAGCGCAUACUUAACGAAUUGAAUCCAGAUAGUUUUUGCAACACAUACAGGCGGAAGCCUUUGUUAUGCGUAAAAAUAUCACCAGACCUAACGGAUGAUCAAAUACAAGACAUCGCAAAAGUGGCACUGGAAUGCAAAUUAGAUGCGCUAAUUGUAUGCAACACGACGGUAUCUCGACCACGGAUUUUGGUUGAAGAAAAGUUACCGGGCGAGUACACCGCCAAUGAAUUACCCGGCGGUCUCAGUGGUCUAUUAUUACGUGACAUUUCAACCAAGCUAGUACACAAAGUAUACAAGUAUACUGGCGGUAGAGUUCCGAUAAUAGCAAGUGGAGGUAUAUUCAGCGGUCAUGAUGUAUUGACCAAAAUUGAAGCGGGUGCAUCAGCAUGCCAAAUAUUCACGGGCAUGAUUUACCAGGGUCCAAAAACGGCCAACAAAAUCAAGAAGGAUCUGUGUCAGAUUUUAUCUGCCAGGGGUUAUACUAGUAUUAGCGAUGCUGUUGGACGUGCUCAUAGAGAGGGCUAA